CUGAAAUGCAUCAGUGAUCGGUGAGCCGAGUUAACAGCCAGACCCAAUUCUUCGACAGUCUCGCCAGUAACCCAAAAAAAGGAAACCCACUAGCGACAUGAACGCCGUAAUCAUUCUGCUCGCCGCCUUGGUGGCUGUUAAUGCCGAUACCUGCGAAAAAGUGCUGCCGUAUUCGGAAAAGAUUGAUCCCGUCGUAUGCCCAAUGUCAAAUAUAAAGCUGGCAAACUAUGAGGACGCCUCGCAAUAUUACCAGUGCACUACCAACGCUACUGACAAAACAAAGAUUGACGCCAAUUUGAAGAAUUGCGCAGCGAAUACCUACUUUAACUACGCUUAUCAGUCUUGCGUGAGCUGCCAAAACUUCUUCCCUAGCACCGAAUGCAGCAGUCUGACGAUUAACGUCACCUGCGUGGAAAUUAGCUCCUCCACCACUGCAGCUCCCUCUACCGCAACUCCGACUUCUGAACCCACUACUGUCACCGCCACUCCAGCUCCAACUACCGUCACGGCCACUCCUGAACCCACCACCGUCACCGCUACUCCAGCUCCCACUACUACAGAGGCCACAACUGUAACGGAACCCACCCCACCGACUGAGGCUCCUACUACCACCACCACCGACAGCGACGAUAUUAUCACCCCUUCGGGCACCACCAUCUCUGUGCCUCAGCCCCCAUCCUCCGGCGGAAACGAUACACCCACUCCAGUGACGCCAGCACCGACAGCCCCGGUGAUCAACGACACACCUCCGACGGAGGCUUCGGCUAGUGUGGCUAAAAAAUGAGAUGAUCGUUUACAAAUCCCCGAAUUAUACGACAGAAUAAAGUGUUGACACACUGUUUAUGAAAAAUAAAUUAUUUUUAACUUUAUAUAUACCAGAAUAUAACUUGAAAUACCAGAAUAUUUGAUUGUACAAGUUCAAAAAAGUUGACAAAAAUAUAUUUUUACUAACCA